ACUGCUGCUCUUAUUCCGCAAUGGAAAGUUUGAAAGUGUCUCACUCGAUGGCAAAUUUAGCUGCAAAAGAAAUGGUGAAAUAAUGCUGCGUAAACCUUUUAUACUCCACAAGAGCGUGGAGGAUGGGAACACGGACUCUGGAGCCGAAACUGCAGGAUCAGACUGCAGCAAAAUGUCUUGCAGUAGCAUUGACCUCAUGACUCGUGAUCCCUUACCAGUUGCCAUGCACCUGCUGGCCAACCCGGGUGACUCUCUCCUCCUCCAGCACACACUGGACCGCCUGCUUGAUUGGGUGUGUCCUGGUUUGCGCCUCUUUCACGUGUCCGAACGCGCCUGCCCGGUACGUGAGUACACCCGUGCUCACUUAUGUCCACCAACCAGCUACCCAUCUCUAGCGGUCACCUUUUUCCUGCACGAGUCCUACGGUGAAGAACGCAUCCUCCGGGUCCUUGACUUCCUCCAGCGCCCACCCUGGCAGUACCACCACACUGAGAAUGGCCAUGCGAGCUCUGAUGCCAUGCUCCGACCAUACCUGCUGCCUGGACGGGACUUCUACAGUCUUGGCCCGGGUAUGCCGGUGUGGGCUGUGCGUCCGGUGCAUUGUGGAGGUGAAGUGCUGCGCGUGACUCUGCACAGCGGACAUGAGAACUUUGAUGACGCUGUGAGGCUUUACGAGACAGUGCUGCGCUCGAGAGCUGAGGAGCAGAAAGCUGGGUUUUGCUGGUUUACCUUGCUGAAAGAGAGGACUUUCAGUCUGCAGCUAGCUCUCAAACAGCUGGCGCCUGGCGUGCGUGUGGAGACGUGCCACUCUGCUGUGCUGCAGUUCAAGGUGGGCGAGAUAGGCCAGCUUGUGCCCUUGUUGCCCAACCCGUGCUCACCUAUUAGCACCACCCGCUGGCAGACGGAAGACCUGGAUGGUAGCAAGAUCCUCUUUCAGGUUAAAGGUGGAACACAGCCACAGAGGCUCUUCACAUCAGCUUUUCCCCUAAACUGCCCUGCUCUUCCUCCGAGAUCGCUGUUAAAGUGCCCAGUCCCCAUCUCAGCCUCCCCGGGCACCAGGCUGUGCCAGCUUAAAGAGCGUGCUCUGGGUAACACUGCUGGAUCGCACAGAUUGGCAGGAGGUGCCACAGAGAGCUUUGGUUCCAGCAGUGCUUGUAGUACUCCUCCUGGCAGCUCCUGCUACUCAUCCCAGUGCAGCAGUCCUGCCCUUCUGUCCAUCAAUCCCUUUGAGCCUGUACCAUCUGUCACCUCCAGUGCAUCUGCAGCUCACCUGAUGCAGGAGGAGGACGAAGAGAAGGAGCCAGAGACAAACGUAGAUACAGGCUGCGCUGUCGGUAUACAGAAGCCGGCUUUGGACACACUAGCAAGAGAUCUGAGACGCUGCCUGCCAGAGGUACAGAGGACGUGGCGUGGAUCGGAAGGAGAGAGUCUGUCAGAUGCCAUGGCAGCACGGAGUCUCGAGCAAGAACAAGUGGACGAGUUCUUCAUCUGAUUGACCGCUCCAAAUCGUAAAUUAAUUAGAGCCGCACCAUCUUGAUACUGAGUAGCAUUAAAGCAGAUCCACUUUAUGCUGUGAAUACGUUUCACUGACUGACCCAACACAUGAACUUGGCUUAAAGCAGGUCACCAUCACCUCUGUUUGCAUAGCAGAACCUCAAAACGACUCAACUGCCUAGAACCAAGGCUGUGAGAUCUCUAUUAUAUUAAAAAAAAAAAAAAAACGAUACAGUGGGAUUACUGCAUCCUUAAAUAUUGUAUAAUCCUGUUUCAGUUCUUGUCAGCAAUUCCAGGGUGACGGAGUCAGGAACUUUUCAGGUCUGGCCAGUUUGGAACGAUGCUUUCUUAUACUGGGCAGAAUUGAAGGCAACGUUGCAUGUACCUCAAAUUCCGUUUACUGUCCAAGAGCUCCAAACGCUCCUCACUGAGGACUUGAUUUACAAA